AUGGCCGCGGCGGCGGGGCCGGGGGAGCCGCCCCCUCUGCCCGCCCCCUCGGGGCCCCGCCGCCGCCGGGGAUCCCCCCCCCCGAGCGCCCCCGAGCUGCGGGAGGGCACGGCGGGGGCACGGCGGGGGUCUCAUGGCCCCCGAGCUGCGGGUGCCCUGGUCCGUCCCCGCGCGGUUCCCACGCGGGACAGGGACAGGGACAGGGACAGGGACACGCACCUGCCCCGCCUCCAGCCCCGACGGGAGCCGCGGGUGGGCACACCGCCGGGGCUGCGGGACCGGACAGGACGGGACGGGACCGGCUCGUUUCGGGAGACACGAAGCCCUGCCCGGGGGGGCUCCCCCGAGGAAGCGCUGCUGCCCAGCCGCCGGCGGCAAAAUCCGCCUGUUUCGGCCCCAAAAAACGCCGCGCGGGGGCGAAUCUGUCCAACGCGGCUGGGGCGAGCGGCCGCGGGAUUCCCGGGGAUUUUUAUCCCCCCUCACGGAGAGCUCGAUUUAUCAAGAAUACUGGAUGGAAAUAUCAAGGAUAUUGCACAGGAAUGUCAAGGAUUUUCUUCUGCUGCAGCAGAGAUUAGGAUACUUAAAGGAGUUUAUGGAGCUCCUUUUCCAUCGGAUCAAACCAAACUGGAAAAUCCUGUGGGAUCAGACACUCUGAAAACCCCCAGGAGUUGGAGGAUCCCAAAAAAUCUUCCUGGUCGCUGAAGAAGAACGUUUGAGAGCUCAGCAAAAUAAAACCCUUCUCCAGAGCUUCCCUCUGAGCAUCUCUGUCAGGUCUGUCAAGGCCACAGCAUCAAUAAUUAACAAUAAUAUUUGUCAAAAGCGAUUUUCUUCCGUAAAAUCCCUCCCUGCCAGAGGCUUCUCAAACCCAACCGGAUUAAAACCACACCAAACCCCCGGGAGUUUUUCCAUUUGACUUUUUUUUUUUUCCCCUCCCUAAAAAAUCCCUCUGCGCUCUGUGAUCAGAGAUUCUCAAAGUGAAAACCAGAGCGAGAUCCCGAAUCCUUCAAAUAAAAAAUUCCUGACGGGAAAUGUUGCUGAUCCGAGGGCAGAGCGGGGCGUCGCAAAUCCUCAAUAAAUGGCACAGGUCCAUCCUGCUUUUCUCUUUA